CACAACCUCAAAUCCAUCCGGCAACGGCGUCACUUCCGGGUAUCUCACUAUUUCCACAGUUGCCGCACUCCGUUGGCAACCUCCUAAUUCAACCUAUCGUGGCUGGCAUUUAUCUGUCGCCCUUGCACUUUUCGAGUCUUUACUUCCUCGGCAUCCCCCGCAAAUCCACUCCCAUUGCGAUGCGCAGACUUGUCACUUGACCCUUUCGGCACAGGUAAGCCAGCGACCAGCUGUUGAGGCCGGGACGGGAUGUCUAGCCCACAGCGCCAUGUCGAUACAGCUACUCCCUGAGGACGUCAUCGCCCAAAUCAAGUCCUCGGCAGCGAUAACAUCACUAAACGGCGCAAUAUGCGGGUUGCUGCAAAAUUCACUGGAUGCGGGUGCGUCCACCAUCAACAUCUCUGUCGACUAUAGCCGUGCAAACUGCUCGGUUGAGGAUAAUGGAUGCGGUAUUACGCCUGCCAGCUUUCGGGAGGAUGGAGGGCUCGGCAAGCUUCAUUAUACCUCUAAAUAUCCACCCUCCCCGGACCGCCAUGGCAAGCGCGGUGAAUUUCUGGCUUCCCUUGGGGCAUUAUCACUGCUCUCAAUCGCAUCGCACCAUUGCGAGUAUCGGACGCACAACUCUUUGACCAUUCAUAACUCAAGGGUGGUGGCGCGCCAUACUCCUGCCCUCCCCGAGCAACGAGUCCUGGCCUUCGCCAGCGGGACUCGGGUUAUUGUCCGUGAUCUAUUUGGAUCCAUGCCAGUUCGUGUCAAGCAGCGAGCUAUGGAAGUCGAACGAUUCGGAACCUCCAAGGACUUUGAGCAGCUAGUCUACCAAGUUGUAUCUCUUCUGCUUGCUUGGCCUGGCGAAGCAACAGUUAGCGCCCAGGACACAUACUCCCACCGGACCGUGACCCUCCAUGCAUCCAAAGUGCCGGGUGAUGAUUCCAGUCAUCUCAGUACGGCCCAUACUAUUGCUCCUCGGACAGCUACGCUUCUGACGCAGGCGUCCCUGGUGGAGCAAAUCGACAUGAAGUCAUGGGUACCAAUCGGAGCCAGUGCACCUGGAGUUUCGGUGCAAGGCUGCGUAUCACUUCGGCCCGUUGCCACGAAGCGUGUACAGUUUAUCGCUCUUGGCGUCCAGCCGUUGCCAAAUGAACGCAACUCCAACCUUCUCUACGAGGAGUUCAACCGAGUAUUUGUCGAAUCCGAUUUCGGUGUGGUAGAGGAAGUUGCUCUUGGGGAUGACGGGUUGCCUGCUAAGACCGACAGUUUCACAGGAAAGGAAUUGAAGCCAAGAAGGGGCAUCGACCGUUGGCCAAUGUUCUUCCUGCAGAUCAACCUAGGAGAUCAAGCGGACCCGGUCAACAUUGACGAGUAUCUCGAUGAGGGACGUAACAACCUCUUAAUCGUCACCGACCUCCUUCAGGUGGUGGCGUAUGAAUUCUUGAAGAAGCACCACUUCCGCCCGAAAUCAAUCAAUGCACUCGAGCGACUCAGGAGGCCAAGGCUGACCCCUGCCAUUCCUCCUUCCCAGUCAAUCCUGGCCUCAUCGUUGCCUCCGAGGGAUCAGAUCCAGUCGGCUACCAGACGACCCCGGUCCAAGCGCGAGAGUCGCAAAGGCGCCUCAUCAUCACACUUGAGUCGUUCGAGCUCUAUGACAAGACCGAUUUCUCCUUUUUCAUCCUGGGCACGAGUAAAGUCGGGUACCAAAUCAGAAGCUGCUGUUACUGCGACACGUGCCGCAGACAAAACGCAGGCUGCGGGUGGCUUCACUCUCGAUACGCCAGAUGCCUGUCCAAAGACGGAGAUUCCGCUAUUUGAUAGAAGUGGCAAUCUUAUGCGUAAACCAUUUGAUGACGUUGAUGACACGCCAGCAUGCCAGUCGGGGAACCUCACAUCGGGCCAGGCAGAACAUGCGUCCUCGGCCACUGACACUCAUAGCCCGCGUGAGACGGUUGUCUGGGUCGAUCCAAUGAGGAAGGUCAAAUCGGUAAUAGAUAAACGGACAGGCUUCGCCGUCAAAACAAGCAGCGGCCGUGCGAAGGUGCCUUCGAGGCUGACGGAGGUGGUGGAGGAUCCCUCUCGGCCGCUCAAGGGAAAACCAGCGCCAUCUGGUCACAGAAACACUGUGUUCCAGCCUAAAGAACUCGCUAUCCCACAGGUUCUCCAGAUUCCGGAAGCACUGGGGUGCGGACAUAACGUCGGCGUCCUGGACGUCAAAGACAUUGCAAACGGCUCAUGCAGUGCUAAUCCCUCGCCCAUGCGCGAGGGCCGGAUCUCGAAGGCUGGCCUUCAGCGAGCAGAGAUACUCGGCCAGGUUGAUCAAAAGUUCAUCUUGAUCAAGGCAUCCACCGAGUUCCCAGCUGGGUUAUCAAACAGUGUUAACCGGGCUGAUCAGAUGCUUAUUAUGAUUGACCAACACGCCGCCGACGAGAGAUGUCGAGUAGAAGAAUUGCUAAAACGUUUCUUCGUACCCGAUCCAACCAGUAGUGGCAAGCUAGCCGCGCAGACUCAGUAUUUGGAUAAGCCGCUGCGGUUCGAUGUUUCGGCGCAGGAGGCAGGGUUCCUCUCUCGCCUCAAGAGUCAUUUCGCGUAUUGGGGUAUUGUUUACGAAGUGCUUCAGGAUCCUCUAGAAAAAGGGGUUUCCAGCAAGACUGCGGAGGUUCGGGCGUUGCCACCGAGCAUUGCAGAGAGGUGCCGACUGGAGCCGAAGCUUCUUAUCGACCUGCUGCGAAAGGAGGUAUGGAAGCAAGACUGGGCAAGAGAGCCGAAGGGCGCUCUCGAUACGGCUGCACAACACGACUGGAUUGCAAGGUUCCAUGGGUGUCCUGAAGGCAUUAUGGACUUGAUCAGUUCCAGGGCCUGCCGGAGCGCCAUCAUGUUCAAUGACCCUUUAACAUUGGAUCAAUGCUCGGAACUGGUUGGACGGCUGGCACUAUGCGCCUUUCCAUUCCAGUGCGCUCACGGACGGCCCUCCAUGGUUCCUUUGGUAAGCCUGUGUUGUGACAGUACACUUGCAGGCGUUGGCGCGGUGUUCAAGGAGGAGAAAGCAGAGGACCUGAUUACCUCCUUGAAGCGGUGGAAGUGCAGCAUAGAGAGAAGGCGGUAGCCCUCAGUCUCACCUUCCCGGUGGAAGAUUCAGAAGGUCUAUUGACAUUAAGAGCAGCGUCGUCGAUGGUUACAUGCCCUUAAGACUCAUCUGUUAGUGCAUCGCAAAAAUUUGUACGUAAAAUUUGACCUCUCGACUAUCGCUCUUAACAGGUAUGUCGGCUUGUAGGUUCCUUCCAGAGGGACACUGCAGCCGGCCUGGUACAAGUACCUAGCAGGAG